AUGGCUCUGACAGCUCUGAUACGUACGCCGUAUAAACAUCAUGGUUUGAUUUCUGGAUCUGAAUGUGCCGUACCGCUGAACCCGCUGUCGCAAGUUCUGAAACACACAGAAGGAGACAGAAGCUUGCAGCAGGAUCGUGUAGCUGGUCCUUCAUCAUCCCGACUCCAGCACCUUCCAGGAUCAGCUCCAGCCCAAGCCGCCGAACAAGAUGUCGCGAUGGCACGUCAGUUCUUCGAAGGACAGCAAAGAUCAGGUGGCCCUGCACUUGUUGCACCUCCGUAUCUUCAUCCUGCAGAACUUGCUCGCAAAUUCAAUGAAGCAUGGACCACUGGGGAAAGAUAUCAGCCUCCAAUACAGAAUAAUGUGACCCAAAGCUCAUGGGCAAAUGAAUUUGGCGGUGCUCAGCAACAACCCAUUAGCAGUUCCGUCAUGCAACAUCCAGUUGCACAGAUGCAGAUGCCUGAAACUCAGAGACAGCAAUUCAUCGGUUCACAUGGGAUGUAUGGAACACCCAUGGGUUUGUAUGGGAACAUGGGACAGCCGUUCUUCCAGGGAUUCAAUGCUACUCCCCCGAGUGCAGACGCGAGCAAAGGCAAAGGCAAAGCCCGCGAAGCUGAUUAUGAAGCUGCGUUUGCUCAGUACGCUGCCUCGUUGCAAAAUCAACAAGAAUCCACCUCUAGGAUCGUUGAAUUGGACGAUAAUGCGGCUACUUUGGAGCAGGCCAUGGAGAAUGUCAAACUUGAAGAUUCUGAACUGAAGACUAACGAGAAUUUCAAGGACGCCUGGAAUCACCUGCAAAAUUCGGAUAUACCACCUCCCACGGAAGAUAUCGGCAAAUGGGAAGCACAAUUCAACCAGCUGAUGGGUCGUGAUCGCGAGGAGCUCGACCAGGAUUACUCUACAGCCAUGCAAGGAGCUUGGAAUGACGGAUUUGGAAAUUUUAAUGAGAGUGCCCUCGAAUCCAAGUAUAAUGAUGAUGGAAUACCUAUCCUGAGCGAAUAUGUGUUCGAGUCAAACAACAAAUACCUUGAUCCGUCUUCGUCUAGUCGGUCACCACUGAGUGAGGCAAAGGCUUUUUUGGAGCAGGGUGGAUCGUUAUCUGAAGCUGCCCUUCUACUUGAGGCUGCUAUCCAGAAAGGAGAGCUUGGUGAGGGCGGAUAUGAAGCAUGGAUACUCCUUGGCGAAACUAGAAACAUGGACGAACGCGAAGACCUCGGCUUGCGUGCACUGACCGAAGGUGUUCGCUUAUCAGAAGCUGCUAAUGCUAACGGAGUAGGCAUGCUGUCCUUGGCGAUCUCAUAUACCAAUGAGUCUUACGACCGGGCCGCUUAUAUUAUGUUAUUGCGAUGGUUAGAAGCCCGUUUUCCUGACUUUCCGAUCUCAGAUGAGACCCGGAGGGCUGUCUCGUUGCACUCAACAUGGGACUCUCAUGAGAAACUCACAGAGACCUUCCUUAUCCUGGCACGACAGCAGUAUAAUCAGGGGAUCGUUGACCCUGAUACUCAGAUUGCCCUUGGUGUACUAUUUUAUGCAACAACAGACUACGAACGUGCGAAGGAUUGUUUUGAGAGUGCCUUAUCACAGCGCCCUGGGGAUUACCUACUCUGGAACCGAUUAGGGUCCUCUCUUUCUAACGGGAACAAACCUGAGGAAGCCCUUGGGGCGUACAGGGAAGCUUUGAAUUUGCGCCCUACUUACACUCGUGUUAUUUAUAACGUUGGGGUAGCGUGUCUUAACAUAGGAGCACACAAAGAGGCAGCAGAACACUUUCUGAGUGCACUUAGUAUGCAGGAAAGCACGGGCGGUGGUCAAACUAGUGAUCAGUUGUGGUUGACCCUGAGGCGCGCCUUUAUUGCCAUGGAUCGCAAUGAUCUUGCGGAGUUGGCUAAACCUGAGAACCGCUCAAAUUUAGAUCUCUUUCGCCAACAAGGAUUUGAUUUCUAGUAAUUUGGUCAAUGCAGUAUAGACAAAUUGAUGCAGUACGCCACAUAUAGACCAUAAUCGGAGUUUUGUUUGGUCCUUGUA